AUGAAUGGUAACAAAAUUGAGGAAUUUGCUCAAGAGUAUUCUGUUAAUUGUAUCCUUUACAGAAUGAUUAUUACCACUGACUUAGUCCAUGAAUGUAUUAUGGGUUAUAAUCUUAGACAAAUACAUCCUGAAAUAGUACCUAAAACUCUAAUUAAUGAAGUAUUUUGGGAUAUACUUAAAGAA